GCACUGUCGUACCCACAAUGCCAUAUAUAGCGUAACUGACGACCAUGAAGUAAUGAUCCCUUGUAGCGAUAUGUAAUGAUGCUGAAUGGCAGCCGGUCAGUGGAUAGAACGGGUUUAAACAAAUUGAAAGUAAACAGUGGGUUUAAAAAAAACAAUCAUUUUAACCGCAAUGGAAGCAGGAAGAUAAAAUAUCAGAUCUGAUAAUGUGACAGUUCAAACAAAGCAUGUGAUAUCUUCAGUUUUAUAGGAGCUACAUGAAAGAUUGUUGCAGAUUGUAAAGAAAAAAUAUCAAAAUGAAGAGGCUCCACUUAAAAAUGACCAAAGAAGCUAAAAUGGCAUCAAUACUUUUAGGAGUAUUCUGUAUAAUAGAAUAUCUUCCGGUAACUACAGCUACCAAUAUAACAACCACAACAGAAGUGUGUUCCAGGAAUUCUACACCCUGUCAAGAUGGGACUUUAUUCAAUGCGUGGUCACCAAUUCAUAAUCUCAGUGUAGGGGAUCAGGUGGCAAGGGCUAUAGUAUACUUUGUUUCUAUGAUUUAUUUGUUUCUUGGUGUGUCAAUCGUAGCUGAUCGCUUUAUGGCUGCUAUUGAGGUAAUUACUUCAAAAGAAAAAGAAAUCGUUGUUAAACGUGCUGAUGGAACUACAACUACUGUUAACGUUCGUGUCUGGAAUGAAACCGUUUCAAAUCUGACCUUAAUGGCUUUAGGGUCUUCAGCUCCUGAAAUUCUUUUAUCCGUUAUUGAAAUUUGUUUGAAAAACAAUUUUAUGGCGGGAGAGUUAGGGCCAAGUACAAUUGUAGGUAGUGCUGCUUUUAAUUUGUUUGUUAUUAUUGCAAUAUGUGUGUAUUGUAUUCCAAAUGGAGAGUCCCGCACAAUAAAACAUUUACGAGUGUUUCUCCUUACAGCAACAUGGAGUAUAUUUGCUUAUUUAUGGUUGUAUUUUAUUCUUGUGGUGAUAUCACCUGGAGUCAUACAAAUAUGGGAAGCUCUUUUAACUCUUGCGUUUUUUCCGAUUACAGUUUUGACUGCUUAUAUUGCUGACAAAAAAUUAUUCCCUUACCGAUUUCUAACAAAGCGGUAUAGGUCAGGUAAACAUAAACCUGUUAUGAUUAGUAGUGAAGGUGAUGGCCAUGAAAUGCAAGGUGGAAAGAUGAAUAAUGUUGACGAGAUUGUUUUCAAAGGUUUGGAUGGAAAUGAGUCCGAUAUGAAAGAAAUCAAAGAAUUUGAACAGCAUAGAAAAGAUUAUAUGGACAUAAUCAGAGAACUACGUAAAAAGCAUCCUAAUGCUGAUAUGAAACAACUAGAAGAAAUGGCGGAAUUAGAGGCUAUUAAUAGAGGUCCAAAAAGUCGAGCUUUUUAUAGAAUUCAGGCCACACGAAAACUUACAGGAGGAGGUAAUGUCAUUAAAAAAGCGAAAAUCGAAAGACGAGCCAGUGUAGAAGAUGUGAAAGUGGAAAUUGCCGAAGACAAUAUCACAAGGGUAUUCUUCGAUCCUGGACAUUAUACAGUGAUGGAAAAUGUAGGGUCUUUUGCUCUUACUGUGACCAGAGCUGGAGGGGAUCUAAACAAAACACUGUAUGUAGACUUCAAAACUGAAGACGGAACAGCCAAUGCUGGUUCUGACUACGAACAUUCUGAAGGAACCAUUGUGUUCUAUCCUCUCGAAACUCAUAAACAAUGUGAAGUUACCAUAAUAGAUGAUGAGCUUUUUGAAGAAGAUGAACACUUUUAUGUUCGUUUGAGUAAUCUUAGAUUAGGGGAUUCCCAAGGAAUGUUUGAAAGCGGACAGAAUACCAACGAGGCUAAGCUUGGGACCCCACAUGUUGCAACAGUGAUGAUUUUAGACGACGAUCAUCCAGGAAUCUUCCAUUUUGAAGAAAAAGAAAUGUCAGUCCCAGAAGCAAUUGGAGAAAUGGAAGUUAAAGUUACAAGAUCAUCUGGUGCUAGAGGCAUGGUGAGGAUUCCAUACCACACAAUAGAUGCAUCUGCCAAAUGUGGAAAAGACUUUGAGUUGGUUGAACAUGAGAUUGUUUUUGAAAAUAAUGAGACUGAGAAAGUUAUCAUCAUCAAAAUAUAUGACGAUGAAGAAUAUGAAAAGAAUGAAGAGUUCUAUUUAGUGCUUGAUGAACCAUGUCUUUUGCGAAAAGGAUCAGACUCCGAGACAGAGGAGGGUGAGGAAGAUAAGUAUAUUGAAAGAAAUACAGAACCUCUGCCAAAUGAAGAAAACGAAGAACUUAUGGAGAUGGGAAAGCCUCGACUUGGAGAUACCACAAAGAUUAAUAUACAUAUUAUAGAAAGCUAUGAAUUUAAGAAUGUAGUUGACAAGCUUCUAAAGAAAGCCAAUGUUUCAUUGGUUGUUGGUACAUCGUCAUGGAGAGAACAGUUCAGUGAUGCCAUAACAGUUAGUGCAGGUGAUGAAGAGGAUGAAGAAAGUGAAGAGAAACUGCCAUCAUGUAUGGAUUAUGUCAUGCACUUCCUUACUCUCUUCUGGAAAGUUAUGUUCGCUUUUAUUCCACCCACUGAUUACUUUGGAGGCUGGGCAUGUUUCUCUGUCUCCAUCAUUAUGGUAGGAUUACUGACUGCUGUGAUUGGAGAUUUGGCUUCAGGAUUUGGUUGUACCAUUGGUCUGAAAGAUUCUGUAACUGCUAUAUCCUUUGUAGCUUUGGGUACCAGUGUUCCAGAUACCUUUGCCAGCAAAGUAGCAGCUAUUAAUGAUAAGUAUGCUGAUUCCUCGAUAGGAAAUGUGACCGGGAGUAAUGCUGUAAAUGUUUUCUUGGGUAUUGGUAUUGCCUGGACUAUCGCUGCCAUUUACCAUGCUGCCAAUGGGGAUAUAUUCGAAGUACCGCCAGGAGACUUAGCCUUGUCUGUUACAGUAUUCUGCGUAGAAGCAGUUGUAGUUGUUUUUGUUUUGCUGGUUAGAAGACGUUAUGGUGGAGAGUUGGGAGGACCUCAAAAUACUAAAAUAGCCACAUCUGUAUUUUUCGUUAUGUUAUGGGUUCUCUACCUUGUAUUGUCAUCUAUGAGGUCAUACUGUUAUAUAGAUUUCUAAUGAGAGUAUCCCCUCAGUAGGAAUUAAAAUCAAUUAAAUGUCAAAAUGCAAAUCUAUUUAUCUCUUUAAUUUAUUUAUUUGAUUUUUUUUUUAUUGAUUUAUUACGUCUCUUUUGUUCCAGAGGUCAGUCUUUCAACUAAUCAUGAAGAUUUGUUGUGUUUAGAAUAUCUUUAUAGAAAUAACACUGAAAUUUCCAUGUUCUCUACGUAAUUAAUGUUGAUUUGCUUGUUUGUUUUGUUUGUUUUUGUCUCUCUGUUUUAAAUGACCAACUCAUAUUUAACCGACUCAUGUGUUUAUUUUGAUUUUAUUUUCCUUUGAAUAUUUAUGUUUGAAAAAAAAAGUGCAUUUUGCCCUCUAUUCAUACAUUGCAGCAAUUAUUGACUUUAAAAUAGCUUAACAGAAUACCAUUUCCAUUCUCAAUUUUAUUAUUACGAAAAGAUGUAAUAGACAAUACGAGUGAAAAAAAAGGUCAAGUUUCAGGAGAGUAAAACCCAUGACUAACUAGACUGGUGUCGUUAGUAGCUGUAAAGGUUUAUUCCUCCCAUUUAGAAAUUUAUAUAACAGAGAUUUGCCUUUGCUGGUUAAAAAUAAGUGCUGCAUUCUGUUGAAAUACUAACCAAGAUUAGUCUUGAGUAUUAAAAUCUGUUUUCUUCCUUAUUAGCAAGAACGAAAUCAGUUGAAAUUGUUUACAAGUGUAUUGAUAAACUAAAUUUGUUCCUUAAUUUGCAGUAUUUUUUGCUUUUUUAACUGUAUGAAUCCUUUCUCCAUUCCAGUAAAGAAAUCAUGCGACUUGUAAAUACCAUAAAGUAUUCAGAAUUAACUAUAUUAUUCAUCACUGAAAUGGCUCAAAAAUAUUGUGUUUCAUUGUUGUUGAAUCUCUUUUAUUGUAUUAAUUUAGAAUUUACAAUUUGAAUAUACAUAUUGUUAAAAAAGCACUAUUUUUUUUCUUGAUUUAUAUAUUUCUUGUACAUGUGAAUAUGUAAAAUUUUGAAAAUCACUGCUAUUUACUCAAUAUGGAUUCAGUGAUUCACUGGGGUCAUAUAUAGCAAAGAUUUCAAAGGAGUAAGUCAAAUUAUGAGCUGUCAAAAUGCAUCUUUUUUAGUUAAUUGAACAAUAACAAGGGUCUUUGAAUUGAUAUAUCUCUUUUAGGUCUGUGAAGUUUAUAUUUGAAAAUUUGUAUUUGGGUCAAGUAUCUAAGUUCAGAGUUUUCCUUUACUAAUAUACUGUGGAUUCAUUUAUUUUCGUGGGUACAAAUAUUCGUUGAUUGAGGAAAACUUUCAUGUUCCUGGAUAUUUAGUUUGGUGGUUUUGCGGAAGAAUGCAUAUAGGCUUAUGGAAAAUUUGGUAUUCGUUCACCUGUUCCCACGAAAUCCACGAAAAUUGGUAUCCAACGAAUAAUAAUGAAUCCACAGUAAUGAAAUCCAUGAAAAUUGUUAGUUACCCCGGAAUUAUUAAGAAAUCCACAGUUAGAAAUUUGUAGAGGCCAAUUUUUUUGGUAGUUUGUUUACAUUUUUCUACAAUUAAAAAAGGUAGCAGAAACAAAAUGCCUAUAAAUGUUUGCUUGAAAUAGGUCAACAAAUGUUUUUUUACCAUAUUUGUUAGAAUAACCAUUGUCUCAUAUAAUGAAGAAUCUCUUAAUGAAUAAACAACAUUUAAAUUGUUUAAAAGGAAAUGGAGAAUCUCCUAAAAAUCAUAAUGAACAAAAAAGUAUGUAAAAGAUAAAUGUAAGUUAUGUAAAUGUUGUUAAUUUAUGUUAAAAUGUUAAUUAUUAUGCAAGAAAAGAAUGAAAGAUACUGUCUAUGAACUAUUUAUUGUCUCGCAUAUUUGAAAUCCAAGAUAAUAUUUGCUUAUUUUAAAGAAAAUUGAAUUUUAUUGAUAAAACUUUUGUAGUUGUCUGAGAAAUCCAUGGUUGUUAUAUUUAUAUAUGAGAUACAAUAUUGUAUUUUGGUUAUAAUUCAUGUCAGUGUAUAGAGAUCUGUAAUGAAACACACACAAUGUAUCCAUAAAGUUAACAAAUAUCUAAAUAUACAACAAUGUUUGAAUACAAUAUGCAGAUAUGUGUAUUACAUGUGUAAAAAAUACAAAACUUUUUUAAUCUCAUCCUUAGCAUUAUUGGAUCUAACAGGUAAAAUGUACAUUGUUUGUCAACAUUAGAAAAUUUGUAAAGGAUAAUGAACAUACUUUUUGAAGGCAGAUUAAUUCUAUUUACAUUUUUUUCUCCCAAAUAUUAGGUUGUUUGCUCUUUAAACUCAAAGCUUCAUCAGACUGACAAUAUAUCUUUUGUUAGCUAGUCUCAAAGCUGGAAGGUAUUAGAUCAGAACAGUUAUUUCUGUUGCAAUGUAAAUUGUAAGUUUUUGAUAUCAAGAUAUUGUUUCAUUAUUAUUAUUGCAUUAUUCAAAAUGUAGACUAUGCAAUUUAUAAGACCUUUUCUUUUUUAAGUAAAGUCUUUUAUUUUGUUUACAUAUUUAAUGUUUGUCCUCCAUUAUGGUCAUACUGUCCUUCCGUAAGAAAAGGUAACUUCUUGUGUAGUCGGUAUAAUCUUUGGCGUAAAGUGAUUUUAUUAUUUAUGUACAAUGCUCCGUCUGAUGUUGGCUUUACUUUAUGUUUUAUUCAGUUGCAAUUUGUUUAUUUCUAUCCCUUGUUCAUAUUCAGCAUUUUUUUUUAUACCUUAAACAUUCAUACCAUCACUGCAAAAUUACAUCCUUGUUAUUUAUUAUUCGUGUCCAAGCAAUUUUUGUCAUUUUGUUCUAAGACAUAUUAUACACAAAUGCCUUUAAUUUGUGUAUUCAUGACAGUGUUCUGAUGAUACUACGAGAUAUACAAAUACUUUCAAAAAUUUUUGUUUUAAAUAUUUCAUUUUUAAAAGUGGAUAGCAAAAUCCGGCUUGAAUUUGCCAAGAGAUGUUGCUUUUCUUUUUUGUUUUAUUAAAAAAUUGAAUUUAAUGAUUAAAAAUGGAUCAUUUUACCAUUGUAAUGUAUUGUAAGAAACUACUGUGUUUGGAUUUUCUAAUCGGUGGAUAUGUCAUUUUAAAAGUUGCCUAAGCUGGCCAGCAUACUUUAUUAGAAAUGAAAUAUUAGAUUGCUCUUCUGUUGAAACAGAAAACAUUAUAAAUGCAUUUUUUUAUUAUAAAUGUAAAUUUUGUGGAAUAUGGAUAAAUCUAAAUUUCUGCUUAUUAUUAUUAUUUUUAAAUCUUCUAGGAGCUUAUGUUUUUUCAAGCAUUAGAUAUAUGAUUAGAGUAUAAAGCAAGUUCUUGAAAAUAAAGGUUGUAUAUUUGCAGAUGAAGGGAUAUAUGGAUAGAAGUAAAGCUGAUCAAAUAGCAAGGCAUAAUAAAGUAUUUCUCAUACUUAUCUUUCUACAAAUCCAAUAAAUAUUUUUUUUCCUGACUAGUGGGCUUCUUUCAGUUAAUUAAUUGGACAUUUUUUUACAUUUAAGACUUUAAAUUCAAAUUUAAUCAUGCCCAAGUUUAAUCAACAUUGAAACAUAUUUUCAUUUUCAUUAGAAUAAACACAAGACAAAAUCAUGGAUCCAUUUUUAACAUUAUUUAAAUCAAAAUGAUAUCUGUAGAAGAAUACGAAAUUAAAGGAUUUUUCUUUGUCUUUAUAAGUGUAAUGAUGUUAUGACAUGUUUUUUCUCUUUUAUAUGGAAAAACCUUUAUUAUUUCUAUUUAUUUAUUUUAUAGUUUGGAGCAUUUUACAUUAAAUGAAAUAAAAAUAAAAAAAUCAAAUGCAUUGAAGCUACCUCUACAUGAACAAAUAUUUGCAGCUAAAUUUUUUAUUAGUUUAUAAGCAUCAGAAAAGAUUUAUAAACUUGAUGGUCUAAAUGCUAUGUCUGAUAUAUUAUGUAGGUUUAAAUAAUGGAAGAAAAUUAUUAAAAAGUAAUACUCUUUUUUUUUUUUUUUCAAUUCUUUUAUAUUAUUACACACUUGUUAAAAACAGUUCAAGUGAAAAUGGCUCAGUACAAUGUGCAAUCAUAUUUACAAUUCAUUAUGAUCUCAUUUUUCUGCAGUGAUGAAUUUUCCCCACAUUGUUGUGCAGAUUUUGUCUAUUCAUCAACAAUUUAUGUCAUAGACAAUGAAUUUAGGGGCCUAUCUUGAAUUUGCUUGAUUUGAGUUGGUUGCCAUAUCUAUGUAUGUAAAUGAUUUUCUGAACAUUCCCUUUGACUUCCCUUGGUACCAGUUUAAGAGAGAACAUGUGUAUAUUUAUUUUUGUGUGUGAAUGGUAUAAUGAUAGUUCUAUGACAUUGCUUUUUCUUUUGAAUCUCAAGAUAGGUCCUAUUAAAAUAGCUAUGCAGAAAAUGUACUGGUCAGUGUGUAGAUAAGUUAUUUAUUUCAGAGACCUAAUACCUAAUACUAGUAGCAUUCAAAGAAAAAUUAGAUUUUUUAAUUUGCUAUUACUUCUUUACCUGCAAUUUUGCUUGUAGAUUUUUGGAAACUAAUUUAUAUUUACGUAUUUAUGCAGAUCUGUCACCCUGAUAAACAAAUUGUAAUUAAAGUUAAUAUUUGUGAGAUUGCUUAUAACUUUUAGUAAAGUUUAUUGAUAGAGCCUUAGAAUGUAUAGAUGUUUAUAUCUGUUAAUGGAUUUUUCCAAAAGUCAAAUGUGUAAUAGGGUAGAAAGGCACUUUAAGAAGCAUUUGAAUUGUGAUGGAAAAUGGCUGUUCAUAAUGUUAGCCAUAUGAAAACUUUUUUUUUUAGAAAUGGUUAGAUGAAAUAAAAAGUGCCAACAGACCCCUGUCAUACAUUUUUUGGAAAUUUCAUAGCAAAUCAAAAUAUCCUGCUCCAGUAGGUUAUCACAAAACUACAAAUAAGUAAUUCCCGAUCAACUUUUCCAUUAAGAUAAUUUGUGGACAGUUAAAAGGGAAGUUUUAUUGAAUUUGAUGGAGGGCUGUCUACUGUUUUGGUGAAAAUAACAUCAACACAAUUUCCCAGUCUCUUUCUACUUUCGGACUCAUUAUAUAGGAAUAUUAUUCAUUCAGCAUAAAAUUAUAAGUAAACAAGUUCUUUCUUAAUUUUGAUCCAUGUCUUCUAAUCUCCAUUGUAAAGUUCUUUCUAGUAAUAAGAAUUCUUUGUUUCAAGCAAACUUGGCUAUGGGUUGUUUUCUGCACUUUGGUUGGUUACUUUGUAAAUUCUAAUACUACAAAGUGAAUUAACUGACUUUCGUUAAGAAGUGAACUAAUUAGUUUUCGCUGCUGUAGUAUUUUUCACAAUACCACUGUUGCAGGAUAUUUUGCAUUCUUGUUGAAAUAGUAUUCAGGGAGUAUUUUGUGAUUAUUUUCUGUCCCUUUGUAGCAGCAGUAAUACAUUAUGACCAGUAUAUUUACAGUUAUAAGGGUAUUGCAGUGUAAAAUAUAACAGUUUACAAGUUGUUAAUUUAUUUUUUAAGUUAUUUCAUCUGUGAUUUAUAUUUAUUACAUUUGUUAUAUGACCAGUAGUUUGGCAUUAUAUAAAUAACCCAAGCUUUUCCUAGAUGAUUACACCAUAGUUUUAAUGUAUAUUUCGGUUGUAAAUUAACAUCAUGUGUUGUGCUGGUAGGUUUUUCAUUGUAAAAUCAUAACAUUUAGAUAGAAAUGAUUGUUUGAAAUGCACAGAAGUAUUACAUAAUUUUCAACUGUUGUUAAAAUGUCAUAAAAUUGGAUUAAUUUAAAUUUUUCUUCUGAAAAUUAAAACUUUUAAGGUGGUUUUCAGUAGAUUAUAAUAGGAUAUUUCCUUCUUGAAAGAUUUUCUACAUUGCUAUAUGAUUAUAAAUUUUCGUUAAAUAUUGAAUUUUUUGUUUCUAAUCCUUUAAAAUUGAGAAUGAAUAAGUUAUUAAAUGUCUUUAGAUAUCAUGUAUAUACAUUUUAAUUCUUAUUAAUUGCUCUCAAGUAACCACAUUUUAUGGUGUGCAUAGUUCUGUAAAUGUAUUCUUAGAAACAUAACAAAAUGCUUGGAACAGGUAUCAAUUGUCUAGGGUUGAUUUCAUUUAAGCUUACAUGGUACACGAGGAAGGCACAACUAAUGCUGGAAUUUAUGUUGAAGAUGAAAUACACAUACACAUCCUAAUAAGCUUAUAUGAGGAUAUUGGUUGAAUUUAUUUCUAAACACCAAGUGAAAAUUGACAGCGGUAAAAAAGAAAGAUAGAAAUUCUCUUAAAAGAAUCAAGAUGUCCUGAAACUCCAUUAUUUUUAAAAUUCAAAUUGUCAUAUUCUAAAGUAAUGACAAAAUUUUAAGUUAACCUUUAAAACUGAUUAAUAUUGCAAUUGAUAUUAAAUAGAUAUUACAGAUUUACAAUAGAAGGUUAAUUCGGUUGGUUAGGAUGAUAAUGAUUAUAAUGGGUUAAAAAUGAUAAUAAACAUUCAUGAAAACUUCUUCUAAAGAAACCAUUUUUAUUGUGCCUUCACUUAGUUAAAUGUAUAUCUAAAUGAAAUUUUCCUAAUAUUUGUUAUUUGUUUCUUUUAAUAACAUCAUGUAACAUAUGCAUGGAAUGACUGUGAGGCGAUUGAUUUCAUGUUUAUAUCAUUCUGUAAAUUAUUCCAGUACAGAGAAGUGUUAACUACCUGUUGUGUGUUGAUACCUACCAAAUUCCAUUCCACCAUGUCAUUUAGGUUAAUCCAUGAACAAAAUUUAAUUGUUGUUUUCAGUUUGUCAUUAAAGGGUUGAAGUCAUUAUUAAA